UUUCGCUGCAACAGGUGAGGGCUCCAACUUCUCCAGACGUCCUCGCACCACAGUCCUGGAAGAGCUUUAAUCAUGGCCACAAACGCCCAAGAAAACUUAUAUGAACAAAUCGAAGAGACGAACGAAAACAUAUAUGAGAGGCCGUAUGAGAACAUUAACAGCAACCCAGAGCCGAAAUAUGAGAAUCAAGGCACGAGUACAGAAAUUCCAGAGGAACCGUUGUACAGCACGCUCAAUCAACCGUACCCAGACUACAUAAAUACGAGAGGAACAUCUCAAGAGGAAGAAGAACAGCCUUCACCAUCCAGUGAACCAGGAGAGCAGCUCGAAAGCGAGAUCAUGGUGGCGUCUCUGUCGAAUGGAGAUGUUAACGGGUCGUCAUUUUUAGAGGAAACUGGAGACCCUUGUGAUGACCAGCCCUCACUGGUCCACGAAGACCUGCUCAUGGCUUACAGUCUCCCAGAAGACGGAUCUCCAGAACCCGAGGAGGUAGUUGACUACAGCCUGAAGGACGUGGAGAACAGCACCGUGGAAGAGACAGCUGCAGUUCCCGACCCGAAUCAGCCUGAUAUUGCGCUUUUUGUCAAGGCUGGUUGUGAUGGCGAGAGCAUCGGAAACUGUCCUUUCUCCCAACGCCUCUUCAUGAUCCUCUGGCUCAAAGGUGUGGUCUUUAACGUCACCACUGUCGACCUGAAGAGGAAACCAGCUGAUUUGCACAAUUUGGCUCCAGGCACUCACCCUCCUUUCCUGACCUUCAACGGUGAGUUGAAGACAGACAUUAACAAGAUCGAGGAGUUUCUGGAGGAGGUUUUGGCACCACCAAAGUACCCCAAACUUGCAGCCAGGCACAGGGAGUCAAACACAGCUGGGAAUGACAUAUUUGCAAAGUUCUCAGCUUUCAUAAAAAACACUAAGCCAGAUGUGAAUGAAGCUCUGCAGAAGGGUUUGACAAAGGCACUCAAGAAGCUUGACGACUACCUGAACAGUCCCUUGCCUGAUGAGGUAGAUGCCGACAGCAUGGAAGAGGAGAAGGCCUCCAACCGCAAGUUCCUGGACGGGAAUGAGCUGACUCUGGCAGACUGCAACCUGCUGCCAAAGCUCCACAUAGUGAAGGUGAGUUGA